AUGCCGGAGAAGAAAAGGCCGCGUAAGCGGAAGGCCUCCGGAGGUCAUCGCAAUCCCCUAAUCGGCGAUAGGCAUCUGCCGCUCGAGCAAGCUCUGGAUUCCGGGGUCAUAUACGGGACAUCGUUGCCCAUAUCUCGUCUCAAUAGGCUUAUAAAUAGGGAGUGUGUGGACUUUGACGCCGACGGUAGCAGUGUUGGCCAAUCGCCACUGGCUACACUUCUGAGAAACUUCAGAUCCUUCGUAACAACAGUUCCGACCGUGCUGUUGACUCGUGAAUUUAUCGAUAAGCCAGCCUAUGGGCGUUGCUUCCGGACGGAAUUCAACGCGUGCUGGUCCAACUUCGAGUAUGGCGUUCCCGAGAGUGUUGACGUCGUCGGCAGGGGAGCGCUUGGAUUUCUUAAUCGGCGAAAUCCUACCCUGGAUGUCUCCAUAAUGUUGCCGCAGGCGAUAUUCAACCCCAAGGACUACAUAAACUAUCGCUAUCUCAACAAACGAAAUGCCUGGCUAUGUCGACUAUACGAGGAUGUACAUGUGGCAUUGGAGGCCGGUGAAUCUAGCCCGCUGCUGGAGGGAUUGGAAAAUUGCCAUUUGGUGGCAGAGCUGCAUUUCCGAAGACCCAAAGUUUACAUUGAUUUCCUCCUGGCAGUGGCGAAUGCCACGUAUUGCCUUCGUGUCUCGGCUCACGUUGACGAGGCGACUUUCAAGCACGCGCCUAUGGCGCCGACAAGAAAUAAUGUCAGAUCGACUACUACGCUAUUGAAGCCUUCCGGAGUUCCUGGGACUCCUGCGGAAUCGGAUAUGCGCCCGACGCCGACUUACAAUGCUGCCAUAUUGGAGGACUUGCUCAAGAACCGUGUUAACGCUAAACUCAGAGCUGCAUUCGAUAGCCAUGCUAAAAUGCGCGGCGCUUUAACUUUGCUAACGGUGUGGACGCAUACCCAAGGUCUAACAGCAACGAAUUUGGGGUGUACAUCCGAUAGAUUGCAUAUCGUAGCGUCUAUGUGGUGUUCGAAGGGUUUGGAAGCAGCGGAAAAACGUCGAGUCCGACGUAAGGUCAAGGAUGAAUCCGAUGAUGCUGCAUCAGUUGAUGAUUCAGAGAACGUUGAAGUUUCGCACGAUCCAACAUCAAGUUCUCCAAUUUCCGGAGGUUCCACUGACGCAACUGAAACACACGGAUUAGGCGAUGAAGCGGACAAAUCAUCAAUACAAUCUGGGUUACCAUUCGACAACGGACUGACGGGUUGCGUUUUUGCGUUGAUUCUCUGCCAUGUGGUGUCUGCCAACCGUUUUCCAACUGAAAUAGAAGCCUUCCCGCUGUUCCUGGCGGCGCUCAAAUUUUUGGCUUCGAUGGACUUCAAACAGAAGUACUACAUAAUUGGGAGGGAUAAGGCGUUCAAUAGUCACGCGGCUGACGACGAUGACUCCACAACGGCAGUUUCAACCUCCGACGAUGCUAGCAACGAGGAUGGCGCUAAACUGCUGGAGGCACAACAGAAGGUCAUUAACGCGAUAUCGAUCCCCGAAUUGUAUUUGGAUGAUAGUGUGUCAUUCAACGUGCUUCACAAGGUGGUCGUAACUUUUGAUGAGGUCGUUGCCAGAGCCAAGGCUACACUCACGGUUGCCAGGGAUCUAUCUAGCCCCUUUUUGUAUUGCCAACUGUUCGACAUAUCGCAUGACACACGUUGUUACAGUGAUGUGAGGUUAAUAAUGAACACAUGCCCUCUAUUAUCAGGGUUCGAUAUCUGGGAGUUGGGUGAGUCAGAGUACAUGGCAGCCAGGAUAAGGUCCAUUCUGGAGUAUGGACUAAAGGACAGACUGGCUCAUCUGUACUUUAGGAUGUCGGAAAGUAACGCACUAAUGGUAAUGAUUGGCUUCGACGAAUCAGUGCAGCGAUCGACGGAUGUGGGACCUUUGACGAAUUCGCCGGAAAGUGUUUAUUUCCGUCACUUUUGGAAACGCCUCACCGAAACUCGGAGCUUUGCAGACGGGUCCAUUUGCGAAUGUAUCCUUUGGAACCAGAUACUUCCGGAUAUCGACGUGGAUCCAUGCGCCAGUUCUAGCCUAGAACGCCUUGCCGGCCGUAACUUGAACGUGCAGAUCCUCUCCACCAUCCUCCAGUUACACCUCGACCAGUUCAAGCCGGUGAUAUUGGACUGUGACACUUCCUUUGCGUUUGACAAGCCAAACACUAAAGACGGUGACAGGCGUCACCUGAUGUACGUGGAGUUGCCCAUAGUGGUGUCUGACAAUCGCCUGGCGACAGAGCACCGGACGAAACUCAUGAACGCUUACAACGAACUCAACGGAUUACUGCGUUCACUUGAAAACGUUCCGUUGAAGGUCUCUAAUGUGUUCGUUUGUAGUCCUGAGUUCGGCUACGCAGAUGUCGGGCCGUCGAAACUGCGUCACCGUCUGCUGGUCGAGUUGGAAACCUCCACCAAGUGGCCAAAGGAUCCCGCUGCCAUUCUGAGUGUCAAGAUUGCGCUUGGAAUUGCAAUGUUGAAGGAGCUGUUUAAGAACCACGAUAUCAAGUCGCGCAUGUCGGAAAAUGGUGACAUGGAGCUUCAGUUCCAGGGGAUCAGGUUCUGCAUCAAAAUCCUAUGCCAAAGAGAAACUCAGCCGUUGAUUGAAUCGAUCAGGAAUUUCAAUCCUGAUGAGAACAAGUUGCCAACCGAUAGCUCAUUGGAGAUGGUGCGAGAAUACUUCCGGUCGAUUCAAAUUGAACGAUGCAAGGUGGGAGCCUUGAAAUCGCCAAGCUUCAGUGCCAGCGUCCGCCUCAGCAAGGCCUUCACGGCAAGUUGCAUCGUUCCAAAUGGCGAAUUCUUGUGUGAAACUCUCAACUGGUUCAUAUUCUGCUCCCAGGAUUUCCUGCUGUCGCCACCGCUGAGUGGCUACACCGGCUUUAUGAGGUUUCUGUACAUGGUUGCCCAUUACGAUUGGGAACAUCGGCCUCUGGUAAUUUACAACGAAGAGCCCAGGUACGAAAUGCUGGAUUCGAAAAAACCAUCGUGGGCGCCGUAUUUCUGGCUGUGCACCCCGGAGGACCCCUACUGCCUAGUGCCCAAUAUGCCGUCCACGAUGUUAUCCAAACGGUUCGUGGGGCAGUGCCAGCGCUUCAUCGCCAAGUUGGACGAGCACUUCAUGAAGCCGAUCAACCUAGCGGCAUAUUUCGCGGCAGAACGCAGAGCGUACAACAUGACGUUGGAGCUUGAGAACGUGUACCGUAAGCUGAAGUACUCGGCAGGAGGUGAAUCUUUCAAGCUCUCACAGGAGGAGGCGCACUUCCUCCUGGACACCUUCGUAACGAGUCUGAAGAAAUCGUUCUCAGGAAUCUUGGAACUGGCGUACAACCACCUGGAGUUGCAAGGGACCCACACCCCUGCUGGCAACAUCAUGAUCUACGUCAAGAUCAACCCGAUGGCAUGCAUACCUACGGGCAGCCCCAAAGGUUCAUGGCCGCAUCACAUGAUAAUUUGCGAUGGGCGCACCAUUUUCGUCCCAAACAUGCCGGCCAUCUGGACCCAUAUUCAUGCAAUGGGGGAUGGGCUCUUACGAGAAAUUCGUUUCACAUAG